GAAAAUACCUAGAAGGGGUUAAGAAAGAUCUUUUAAAAACUGCUAUAGAGAGGCUAAACCUGAAGAAGCUGCCGCUGCAGUAUUUCCCUGGUGUACCAGCACUGCCUGAAACUGUAUCAGCUGUCAAUUAUUGAUAGAAAAAUAUGUUUCCAGAGGGCUAACUCUUCAGAUAGUUUCAGCAAUGCAACACUAACAAACUAAUGCUUUCUAUAACCAGAGAUUGAAAUGCUAUGACUGAAGUCUUAAAUAAUUUGGCUUUGACAACUCCAUCAUUUUUUGACAACUCGGAACGGAAUUUGGGCUCAGCUCUGCACUAUCUUAGGCUAUAAUGCCAUCCUUGCCUAAUGAGGGAGAUCACCAUGGAUCUUCACCUCUGACUUUGAGUUCGGAACUACCUUAUCAAAGCACAAUUAAAAGAAAAGCCAGAAAGAAGAAAAAUGGAGUCAUCACUGCAAAUGUUGCUGGCACAAAAUAUGAAAUUGUACGUGUAGUGAUACGAGAAAUGGGAUUUGUGACAACACGUGAUGAAGAUGAAACAGCUAAUCUUAUAUGGAGUGAUUCUGCUGUGCAACAAGAAAAGAUUGCUGAACUUCGGAACUACCAGAGAAUCAACCAUUUUCCAGGAAUGGGAGAGAUCUGCAGAAAGGAUUUUCUGGCAAGAAACAUGACUAAAAUGAUCAAGAGUCAGCCUCAGGAAUAUAGUUUUAUUCCUCGAACAUGGAUCUUCCCUGCAGAGUACACACAGUUUCAGAACUAUGUGAAAGAACUGAAGAAGAAACGUAGACAGAAGACUUUCAUAGUCAAACCAGCUAAUGGUGCAAUGGGGCAUGGGAUCUCUUUAAUAAGAAAUGGAGAAAAGUUACAAGCUCAGGAUCACUUGAUUGUUCAGGAAUAUCUUGACAAACCAUUUCUUAUGGAAGGCUACAAGUUUGAUUUACGUGUCUAUAUUCUCAUAACAUCCUGUGAUCCAUUAAAAGUAUUUUUAUAUCAUGAUGGACUCGUAAGAAUGGGCACAGAAAAGUAUCAUCCUCCCAGUGACUCAAAUUUGAGUCAAUUGUAUAUGCAUCUGACUAACUACUCUGUCAAUAAACAUAAUGAACACUUCGAACGCGAUGAAACAGAAGACAAAGGAAGUAAACGCUCCAUAAAAUGGUUUACUGAGUUUCUAGAAACAAAUAAUCUUGAUGUUUCCAAAUUCUGGAGUGAUAUUUCAGAGUUGGUAGUGAAGACUCUCAUAGUUGCAGAGCCACAUGUUCUUCACGCUUAUCGCAUGUGCAGGCCAGGGCAAGCACCAGGAAGUGACAGUGUCUGUUUUGAAGUCUUGGGAUUUGAUAUUCUGCUGGACAGAAAACUAAAACCAUGGCUACUAGAGAUUAAUCGUGCCCCAAGUUUUGGAACUGAUCAAAAAAUAGACUAUGAUGUAAAAAAAGGUGUUCUGCUAAAUGCAUUAAAGCUUCUCAACAUACGGACAAGUGAUAAAAGGAGAAAUUUAGCUCAACAGAAGGCUGAAGCUCAAAAGAGACUGUAUGGUCAAGGUUCAAUGAAAAAACUGUUGCCAGGCUCCUCAGAGUGGGAGAAGCAGCGCCACACACUGGAAAGGAGAAAAGAAGAACUGAAGGAAAGACUUGCACAAGUACGUAAACAGAUUUCCAAAGAGGAGCAUGAAAAUAGACACAUGGGGAACUACAGGCGGAUUUACCCUCCUGAUGAUAAGACACUACUUGAAAAGUAUGAGAGUUUGUUAGCCACUGCUUUCGAGACAUUUCUUGCUGGGAGAGCAGCUUCACUUCAGCGGGAGAUGAAUAACCCUUUAAAAAGAAUGAAGGAGGAGGACAUUUUGGAUCUUCUGGAGCAAUGUGAAAUAGAUGAUGAAAAGCUAAUGGGAAAAUGCAGCAGGCAACGAGGACCUAAGCCUUUGUCUUCAAUGCCAGAAACUGCACAGCCCAUAAGAAAAUUUAAGAGCUACAUUAGUGAUAGUAGCUGUGAUAGCAGCAGCAGUAUGUCAGAAUCGGGAGAAGAAACUGAAAAGGAAGAUCACAACGAAAAAAAAGAGAAAAAAGUUUCAUAUGAUCUUGAAGAAAAUAAAUGCAAAUCUUUGGAGAGAUCAGGUAGAAUGAACUGGAAACCUUCAAUUAAAAAUAUAAAAUCUCCAUCAUAUUCACUCGCCACAUCAUCCACCAGUCCAAUAAGGCGUUCUGUAAGCUGCCCUCGUUCAAUAUCAAUAUUGACUAUGCAGUCACAAGCAGCUGAGCAACGUCCCUUUUCAGCCAAAGCAUCUCUGAAAAUCCAGCGUACAUCUUCAGUGAAUAGGUCUCAUUCUUUAAAUCGUAGCCCAUCUUCAGCCAGAGUCUCUCAGACAUCCAGCUUGGGAACUAUGAGCUCUUCAGGGUCAGCUAAUAGAAUUGGAAAGACAUUAAGAUUGUGUCUUCACCGCAACGUGUUAAAGAGCGAGUCUUUGCUGCAGCAGAAAACAAAAGAGCAAGAAGUUGCUUUGACGAAAGAGACUCUUCUCAUUAUCAGUGACAUGAGAAUUAAAUUCCCAGGAAAAACAGAUGAAGAAUCAGAACUGAUUAUAGAAGAUAUUAUGGAUAAUUGGAAGCAUCAUAAAACAAAAGUGGCAUCCUAUUGGUUAGUGAAACUGGAUUCUGCUAAGCAACGAAAAGUUUUGGAUAUAGUCAAGACAAGUGUUCGUGCAGUUCUACAGCGUGUCUGGAAGGCUCCAGACAUUGAAAAUUUACAUUUGUACCGUCUCUUUAACCGCGUAUUUAAUCGCUUACUUUGGAGCCAUGGCCAAGGCCUUUGGAACUGUUUCUGUAAUUCAGGGAACUCUUGGGAAACCAUAUUCAGUAAAAGCUCAGAGGUGGUGACUCCUGAGCAGCUCCAAUGUUGCCAACGAAUAGUACAGCUUUGUAAACACUGCCUGCUGGUGGUUUACAAAUAUUCAUCAGAUUCAAGAGGAUCCCCAACUGGGAUUAGCCCUCACUGGGAUGAUACAAGGUAUUUAUUGCCAGGACCUUCACUGUUCAUUGUGAAAUCAUCCUCGUCCAGCCUUAGUGGUACUUCAUCUGGAAUGCCUCGCCCUAACAUCUUGUUCACACACAGAUACAGUCACUUGUGAAGAAAAAAGGAAAGCUGCUGUUCCUUUGUAAAAUAAUGGCACUCCAUUUUUUUUUUUUUUAAAUAAAAUUUGUGAUGGAGCUAAAUAUAAACACUGUUACAUAUUUACUACCAUACUAUGAUAACAUUUAGCUGAAAACCUACUGUAAAAGCAUAGCUUUUUCUGGAAACAUAAACCCUGUUAAGGUGUUUACACACAUGUGAAUGUGUAGAUCUUGCUAGGUUUGUAAGUAAUUCCUUCCUAUAAGAAAUGUUAUUUUUGCUGCAGAAUAUAUAAAAUGGAAUUGAUCUUGAAGAUCCUAUUACAAUGUUACAUUACUUUGUAAGUACAAUACUUUGACUUGAAUAUUAUUUAUUAUAAAGUUAUACUAUUUAUUGUCUCAAAUGCACUUGAUCCUUUAACAAGGCAGAUGAUUUAAAAACUGUAGUAGAACAGUAAAACGCUGUCAUUUAAAAUAAUUUGAUCAUUUCUUGGACAUGUUUGAAAUAAUGGCCAAAACUCUGUAAGUUAAACCUAAAGCAGACAUAAUUUUGUUUCUCCUCUGAAAUUACAAGAUCUAUUUAAUGCUGCUAUUUUUCUUAAAGGACGUAAUAUCUUCUAGCCAAAGUGAAGGCGUCUAGUACACAAACAGUAAAGAUAUCAGUUUAGGCAUUCAGUUUCUAAUUGGAUUCUUGUAAUAAAAUGGAAGCCAGUGUUUGUUAUUGGAUUUUCAUUCACAUUACCUAUGUCCUGUGCCUUUAGGUUUCCUUUGGGAGCAAGCAGUCAUCUCCAACUCACCCAAGCAUGCCUAGUGCAUAGUUUCUCUGUUUUACUGCAAGAGUGGUAAAGCAAACAUUUUUAGGAAAUACUGCAGCUAUAAUGUAUUAUUUCAACCUUUAACUAACUUUUUUUCCUACUUUUUAUCAUACAAUCCAACACCUACUGUAGAUUGUAUCCUUGCAAUGGACAGUAUUUUCUAGAUUGCUGACACCUUUAAAUGUUGGAAAUAUAACUCAUUAGAAACUGCUCAUUCAGAUUCAGCUUCGUGGGCCUGCUUGAAGGGUGCAAAAAGAAGAUGAGACAGAGCAGGAACCUAAUCCCAGAAGGAUCUAUAACGUGAAAUCAUCAUUCAGAUUUUGCUACAUACAGCUGUUUGUCCCACUCAGUGUUGUGCCAUAUAAGCCUUAUUCAUUAUAGAAAGAAUUAUUAUAAAAAUCAGUUAAUCUAGAUUUUAAAAUUAAUUAUAUUUUUAACUGAAUAAAGAAAAGAGUAAUUAUUAUUUACCAAAGACAUGUCUGCUUUCAAAUCACAUAAUCUUGAAACAUGUUUGUAAAUGAUCAAUAUAUUUCAUGUAUACUUAAAACAAUUUGGGGGCCAAUUAUCCUCAGGAGUAUCGUAGAGAGUUUUGAUAUCCAGAGAUUUAAGAGAAAUUUAAGAGAACUUAAGAAACUGGAAGUUUGAAGUUGCCUGGAAAUUAUUAUUUUUUUUAGAUUCUAGCCAUAGCAUCUAAAACUGGAAAUCUGGGUGAGAUUUUUGAUGCCUGUGCAUAGUACCUUUGCCCUAGAACUGCAGAAUAUGUUAAGACUAAAAACAGUGUAAGAAAUCCUCUUGAGAUCAGCCAGAUAUAAACAGUCUGCUGGUCUGGAACAAAUAUUUUUCUCUUUUUUUUGGUGGCAAUACUAGUUUAGUAAUAUAGUAUGUUCACACUAAUUGUAUAUCUCUUUUGGUCCACACAGUGACUACUGGUAAAGCAUACUAGAAAUAAUAAAUAAAUAAAUAAAGAAUGCUGUAGUUUCUCUCUUCUUGGGGGAGGCUUCCAUUAUAUUCUGCUUUUGGCCAUAAAAACAGCUUCCAGCUUAUCUUGCCCGA